AUGCUCUCAUUUGCAGCCAUUACAUUAGCGGCUACCCAAUAUGUUGGGAAGCCUAUACAGUGUUGGGUACCUCCAGAAUUUACUGGGGCUUGGGAAAAAUACGCAGAAACCUAUUGUUUUGUGAAGGGAACAUAUUUUUUGCCUAUGGAUGAUUUACAUAUUGACGAUUCCUAUGCUGCUAGAGAAAAUAUUUUUAUUGGAUAUUAUCAAUGGGUCCCCCUAGUUCUGGCUGCCCAAGCAUUAUUUUUCUAUUUGCCUUCAUUCCUCUGGAAGGCAUUUAAUUUCAAUACAGGCAUAAACGUCAAGAGUGUGUUAAAUAGUGCUGCUUUAGUUAAGAAAAAGUUUGACAAAAAUACAAGAAAUGCUCAAGUCGAUAAAGCUGCUACGCAUAUAUUGGAAGCAUUAGAAAUGCAAAGGGAGCUUAAAACUUGUAAGGAGUUAAAAAAUAAACUUUUAAAUAAAUUUGAAAUAAACAUUCUGGUUUCAAGUUUAAAUAAUUCUGGUUUUAGGUUUAUUCAUAAAAUUCUGUUACUUUCAAGCCUUGGGAAGCGUGCAGGAGUCUUCUUAACAGUUUUAUAUCUUUUUACCAAAUUUCUCUACGUGGCUAAUAUUUUGUUGCAAUUUUUAAUUUUAAAUGCCUUUUUAGGCCCUCAAUAUACUUAUUGGGGGUUUGGAAUAUUAAAAGAUAUUUGGAAUGGGAGGGAGUGGAGUGAAUCUGGACAUUUCCCUAGGGUGACAAUGUGUGAUUUUAAUGUUCGAGUUUUGGGUAAUAUACAUAGAUGGACUGUACAAUGUGUUUUGAUGAUUAAUAUGUUUAAUGAAAAAGUUUUUGUAUUUUUCUGGUUCUGGUUUCUCUUUGUUGGAGUUCUCUCUCUUCUAGGCUUAUUUUACUGGUCUACAGCAACUAUUCUUCCAGGCUGUAAACGUGCUUUUAUAACAAAAUAUUUGCGUUGUAUGGGGGUUAUUGAACAGACUAGCAAUGCUUUUGAGAUACAUUUAACGAAUGGCGGAGAUCUUCUAGUUGGAGAAAUUAUUACUUCACUUUUUGAGCGAUACAAAUCAAAGGUGGAAUAA